AUGACAAAAGAUGGUUUUCGAGUCAGAGAUGCAGGCAAUCAAGACCUACAAGUUCUCUGUAGGUCUCCAGGUGCAAGUACGUUUAGUUACAUUAGAAACAAUCUAAGCUGUAUUGAUAAUUGUCUGAGCUCUCCAUGUCAACAGAACUGUACAAAUUUAAUCGGCUCCUACAACUGUGGAUGUUACCAUGGAUACACUCUAAAGUCUGACAACAAAACAUGUGAGGACGUAGACGAGUGUCAAACUACAACACACAACUGCUCCCAGUUAUGUAACAACACUGUAGGUGGUUACGCCUGUAGCUGCCAUCAAGGUUAUGAGUUACACAACGACAGCAGAUUUCUCUGUGUGGAUGUCGACGAAUGUGGUUUAGAAACUGACAACUGUUCUGAUGGUUGUAACAACACGGCCGGUAGCUACGUGUGUACAUGUAAGGACGGCUAUCACAUUGACACACACGACCCUUUCACCUGUGUGGAUAUGGAUGAGUGUCAACAAGGCCGACACAAUUGUACACAAAAUUGUACAAAUUCCAUUGGUUCUUACGUCUGUAGUUGUUUCCAUGGUUACCGUUUAGACAACAAUGACAACGUCACAUGCUUGGAUAUCAACGAGUGUAAAGAAAACUUACACACCUGUGAAAAUACCUGUGUCAACACAUUAGGUUCUUACACCUGUACCUGCCCAUUAGGUUACCAACUUGACCAAGAUGGUAGCUCCUGUGUCAAGACCAGAUCACAACCAUCUUGUCUCUGCUCCUGUAGGACUCAGACCAGAAUCAACAUGUCCAGUACUCUAAUGGCCGUUCAGAAAGAAAUUGACCAGAUCAAAAAUAACUUGACCGUUGAGACUCACGACCUGUCGUCCUACAUACGGAGCAAGACUUCCGCUACAGACGACAGAAUGACGUCACAGACAGUCGGUUUAUUUGGCGCCAUUUUGUUCGGGAUCACCAUGGCAGUUGUAGUAGUUCCUGACGUCAUCACACUCAUAAAGUUCCUGCUCUCAAAGCUGAGGCUUUAUCAUCGGGGUUACAUCAUCAAAUGGGGUGACACAAUGCAUUGUGAAGCUGCUGAAUAA